CAGGGGGACAUUUACUGUCCACCUCCCGGCGGCUCUGAUGGAUCGGACUUUGCUGACUUCUGGGGCUCUUUGAUGCCGGCACCAGGCGCCUGGAUGUGGAUCUGCUCCCCCCUGUGUUUCGCUCCGGAGCGAUGCUGACUGCGCCGGGGGACCGUCCUGUGCAAACCGCCCGCACGCCUCAGACUUAAGAGCCGCCCCAUCCCACAGCCUGGUUCCUCCCGGAAAGCGGUCCCGCCGCUCGGCGAUCACGGAAAAGGCGAUGGCCGAAGGAAACCGGCUCCUUUUUCUCGCACUCUGCCUGCAGUAUCUCCCCAAAGCCGAGGCCUGUCCCAACGACUGUACCUGUUACAGCGAGCCCAUGACUGUCAGCUGUCAACAGCAGGCUUUCAAAUCGAUUCCUGACGGGAUCCCGCUCAGGAGCCAACGGAUCUUUCUGCAGAACAACAAGAUCCCCUCGGUGGGCUCCACCAGCUUCAGCUCCCGGCAGAACCUGACCGUGCUGUGGCUGCACUCCAACAACAUCAGUGUCAUCCAGGCCGGGGCGUUCGAGGGCCUGCGGCGCCUGGAGGAACUGGACAUCGGGGAGAACAUUAACCUCCGCUCUCUGGCUCCCAGCUCCUUCCGCGGUUUGGCGCGCCUUCACACCCUGCACCUUCACCGAUGCGGCCUCUCGCAGCUGCCCACCGGCAUCUUCAGGGGACUGGUCUCCUUGCAGUACCUGUACCUGCAGGAGAACGUGCUGGAGAGGCUGGAAGAUGACCUCUUCCUGGACUUGGGCAACCUCACCUCUUUAUUCCUGCACGGCAACAGGAUCCAGAGUCUGUCGGAAAACGUGUUCAGGGGCUUGCGGAGUUUGGAUAAGCUGUUGUUGCACCAGAACCGCAUUGACUCGGUGCACAGGAGGGCUUUUCAUGAUCUGGGCAAACUGGGUUUGUUGUACCUCUUCAAUAACAACAUCACCGUGCUGAGUGGGCAGACCAUGGACCCUCUGAUCUCCCUGCAGUAUCUCCGGCUCAACGGUAACCAGUGGAUCUGUGACUGCCGGGCUAAGUCUCUGUGGGAAUGGUUCCGGCGUUUCCGGGGCUCCAGUUCAGUCUUGGAGUGCCACGUCCCGCCGCGGCUGUUUCACAGCGACCUGAAGACGCUGGACCGCCGCGACCUGGAGACCUGCUUGGAUUCCUCUCACCAGAUCCGCACCAGCAUUUUUAGCACCCGGACCCGGGCGGGCAAACUGCCCACGGUGGAGACACCGAGGUCCGGCUCGCGUGAUGGAGCCAUCAAGUGCUGCCAACCGGACAGCGAGCAGUCCUCCCUCAUUUACACCAAAGCCAAGCCCGCCCCUUCAUCGUACAACAGCAGAGGAUCCACCACCAACCCGCUCAAGGACAAGGAAAACAUCUCCAAGAGCAGGUACGCCGAGAACGACCUGACCAAAAACGGGACCUAUAAAACUGGCCUGAGCGACGCACCCAUGGGGACCUUCUCUGCCAAACUGGACCAGUCCCUAGACAUGCUCAGCCCGGAACUAUUAAACAACCUGGAGGACUCCACGUCACCCACAACGAAAAAGAAACGAAAGUGUUACAAAAAGCCGAAAACGGACUCAUCCUCCUGCCGCCUCAAUAACGGCUCCAACAGAAAGCACUUGUGCAAGACAGCAUUGGCCAGCGCGUACAUCCUGCUGUUCUUACUGCACCCCUGGUGAAAGGGGGAGGACAGUGAGCACUGUCACUGACCUCCACAGACAUUUGCAAGAGAAACAAUUAUUAAAAAGUGCAGAAAGCUUUGAUCGUUCGAAACGAAAGUAACUUGGAUGCCUUUAUGAAAAUAAAAUGUAAACCCAGAGUUGUGUAUAUACCUGUAUGUGCUCAAUCAUUACAAUAAGGGAUUCGACCUUUCAAAGCCCAUCGAGAUUCAAGAAAAAGGACUGAAAACAAAAAAUGUUUCAAGUUUAAUUUACUGAUGGAGCAUCGAGUCAGUUUUACGAUGCAGGAACAGUCUUUAACAAAAACGAAAAGGGGCGGAUCGAUAACUAGGAAUCCAUGUUCGGGUAUUUGCUAUCUCCUUUGUUGAAUUUUGAUUUGAGGAUGGUUUGAUUUGAUUUCCCAUGUGGAAUGUGAUUCAUCGGGCUCCGCUGUUGUUUUAUUCCCCUGCUCCUAACCUGCCGACUCUCCAUCAUUCUCGCUCCCGCUGCAUUUGUUCAGAAUGCUGUCAAACGCAGGCAAAAAAAAACCCAACAAAACCGUGGACCCGUUCGAUUUUAU